AUGAAUAUCAUAAUACUACUGAGACAUUCUGGAGUUUGGCAAUCCAAGGUGAGUUAUGAACGAUACAAAAGUGAUGGAAUCGUAGUGGGCGAUAAUGUAUCUUACUCAAAUCUAAAAACAAUAAUCGCUGUUGAAUUGACCAUAGAUGAAUCAGUGAAAAAUAUUGAAAUUCAAUACAUCAUUCAAGUGAAGGAAAAUCAAUUGUAUAAGGACAAAGCAACACUAUUUGAUGUAAUGGACAAAUACAAAGUUGAUAAUGGAUUCAAUUUCAAAGUCAAAAGAUCUGACAGUAAAAGUUAUGUGUUAAUAUGCUAUUCAGACGACUGUUGUUGGAGAAUGAAAGCAUCAUGUUGGAAAAAAUCCAAUAUAUUCAAAGUGAGUUAUUUCAAUAGUGAACAUUCAUGUGCACUAAGAGGUAGGAUUUUCAGCAAAGUUCAUGCUACAAAGGCUUUUUUUUGUCGAUUUGUAGUUGUUGUUGAUGGUGCACAUCUUGAUGGACCUUAUAAAGGGACAUUUGUAUCAGCUAGCACACUUGAUGGGGCAGGUUGCAUAUUGCCAUUGGCGUAUGGUGUUAUUGAUACAAAAAAUGAUUCAUCAUGA